AUGGAGUUUGAGAUCACCCUGGAGAACGAGCAGCAGUUCUGGGACGAAAUCCAAGAGAUCGUUUCCGCCCCUUGCUCCUCGGAAGACCAUAUCGACAACGCGCUCCGAUGCUAUUUGAGUUUGGCCACGAAGUACAAAGGUCCGCCCAAGCUCUCUCCGACGAGCGGAUUCACAACGAUAGAUGAAUACCUUCAAGGCGAACUGGAUGUCACCCGGUGCUUGUACAAGCUCCUGGCGUCCAGUAUCUUUGCAUCGCACGCCGAUUAUGUUCGACGACAGAUGAUCUAUUGUUUGUUGCAGGACGACGACCCGGCUACUCUCCAUCUCAUUGCCUCAUUCUUGCUCUUUGACGGCUGUCAGCAUGAGGAGGCUUUUCGGAUGAUGAAUGAGGAGGGUUCGUUUCCGCGGUUGCUGGAGUUGCUGCAGGUACGCAACCGGUUCGCGGAUGAGAGCAUGCCGGCGGGCCUGCAUCGGCUUCUCAUGGACUUGUUGUACGAGAUGUCGCGGAUACAACGGGUGAAAAUUGAGGAUUUGGUACUUGUGGACGACGAGUUUGUUCGGGGCCUCUUCGACAUCAUCGAAGACCUCUCGUAUGAUGUCAGCGAUCCUUAUCAUUACCCGGUUAUCCGCGUUCUGCUGGUUCUGAACGAGCAAUUCAUGAUUUCGGCGCAUGAUCCCGUCGACGAGCAGUCACCCAUGACUGUCCUGACUAACAAGGUCAUCAAGGUGCUGUCGAUGCAUGGAAAUCUGUACAAGACCUUUGGCGAGAACAUAAUUCUUCUGAUCAACCGAGAAGGCGAGACGUCGCUCCAACUUCUGACACUCAAGCUUCUAUACCUUAUCUUCACCACUCCGAGCACCUACGAAUACUUCUACACGAAUGACCUGCAUGUCCUGGUUGACAUCUUGAUCCGAAACUUGCUGGACUUGCCGGAAGAGUCAUCCGCCCUUCGACACACCUACCUGCGUGUCCUCUAUCCGCUGCUCGCUCAUACGCAGUUGAGACUGCCGCCUUAUUACAAACGUGAAAACAUCAAACGAGUGCUCAGUAUUCUGGUCAAUGGUCAACUUUUUCAUAGCGAAGCGGACCAAGAGAGGAUUAUGCACUUUGCCGAUGCGGAUGACACCACUAGGAGACUGGUUCUCCGAUGCGCAGCCGUUGACUGGAUCCGAGAAGAGGAGUCGACGGACGCUCCGAAGGAUGCAGAACCACUCCUGAACUCCUCCGACGGCAAUGACGGGUCGCCUGAUGGCGAGUUUGGCGCGCCGCUGGAAUCGACCCAGACACUCUCUCCGACGAGCACUGUGGACAGCUCUUCAGAGAAUCUGUCUCCAACCCGUGCUGACGAUGAGGCCGGAACGGGCUCCACUAGAUUGGACGCGCAUCGUAAACUCAGUCAGGCGCAACGACUGCUGGGUAUGCACCAUGAGCCAGCAUCAUCGUCAACGCUCAGCGUGCAGGAGGUGGCGUCGCAGCACGAGGCACCCGGCGUGAUCACGCCGAGCCGGAAUAAUUCUCUCUCGGGCCCUCUUCUCAGUCCGACCAGGGUUCGGGCCAAAGUCAAGCCGCUUCCCCCGAAGACUCGACGCUGGAGAGGCCGUCCCAGGGCCGAAGAGGAUGAGCACGCGGACCAAAUCCCGGAGGAUCGGGAAAUUCAGACCACUAGUCCGCUACCCCCGCCCACCGCCAGCGGAGCGGGCGAUCGGCGGAACUCCACCAGCACAUCAAGCUUAACCAUUCCUGUUCCUCGACUCACGCGUCGGUCCGCCUCCAAUCCCCCGCCGGCGGUUCCUCCGCCGCGACGUUCGACCCAUUCCGCUGUCCCGGGCACGGGCACUCUGUCGGUGUCCAGCCAUUGUACACCGCUCACCAGUCCAUCGCGAGUCGCUCCCCAGCUUCGUCACGAUGUCAACGCGCCGGGCGGUGGGAGCAGCUUGGCGAGUAUGAUUUUCACCCCGAAACAUGGACAAAAACCGGAACCCCCGAAGACUCGUCGGGCGGGGCGGGGAAGACACCCUCCGGGGGAUUCAUCCCUACGGCCGGAGUCACCCGCCGAGCACGAACUCUCUGCUCAUCUGAGUGGCGAUUAUCUGGGCAACGAGCAAAAGCACCCUCUGGAGCCGCCGUUGAUUUUGGGGAGGAAGUCUGAUGGACCAGUGAGUGUGGAAGAAGCGGUGCAGAACAUGUCUGUGGGGGAUGGGAAUGACGAGUAUUCCGAACGUUAA